ACAAUAACAUUGCCUUAACAUCAUUUUCUGGAACCUAGGUUCGUGACACUGCAGAUGCAAUGGGUGGACCAACGCACAGAAUAUUGAUGGUGUCCGAUUUUUUCUACCCCAACUUUGGUGGUGUGGAGAAUCACAUUUAUUAUCUGUCACAAUGCUUGCUUAAGAUUGGUCACCGGGUGGUGGUCCUGACUCAUGCCUAUGGAAACCGCUGUGGGGUGCGAUAUAUGACUGGUGGUUUGAAAGUUUACUAUAUACCUUGGAGGCCAUUCCUGAUGCAGAACACAUUACCGACAUUUUACGGGACGCUUCCAAUUGUAAGGACAAUCCUCAUUCGAGAAAAGAUAUCUUUGGUUCAUGGCCAUCAGGCCUUUUCAACUCUUUGUCACGAAGCUCUGAUGCAUGCACGCACCAUGGGAUACAAAGUUGUGUUUACUGAUCAUUCGCUCUAUGGGUUUGCUGAUGUCGGAAGUGUCCACAUGAAUAAGGUACUGCAGUUCACAUUGGCAGAUGUGAAUCAGGCUAUAUGUGUUUCUCACACAAGUAAGGAAAAUACAGUCCUAAGAUCAGGUUUACCCCCACAAAAGGUCUUUGUAAUACCAAACUCUGUGGAUACAGUUAUGUUUAAACCUGCAACAUGUAGACUCAACUAUGAUAAAAUUAUUAUAGUUGUUGUAAGUAGGUUGGUUUACCGGAAGGGUGCAGAUUUGCUUGUUGAAGUCAUUCCUGAAGUUUGCCGCUUGUGCCCAAAUGUUCACUUUAUUAUUGGAGGGGAGGGUCCAAAACGAGUACGAUUGGAAGAGAUGAGGGAAAAACACUCGCUACAAGAUCGUGUUGAAAUGUUGGGGGCUGUUCCUCAUGCUCAAGUGCGGUCUGUCUUGAUUUCUGGCCACAUAUUCUUAAACAGUUCUCUGACAGAAGCAUUUUGUAUAGCCAUAUUGGAGGCUGCUAGUUGUGGAUUGCUUACUGUCAGUACACGAGUCGGAGGUGUCCCAGAGGUUCUACCUGAUGACAUGGUUGUCUUAGCAGAACCAGUGCCAAGUAGCAUGGUAAGGGCAAUCAAGAAGGCAAUACACAUGCUCCCCAGUAUUGACCCACAAGAGAUGCACCUUCGUAUGAAAGAGCUAUACAGUUGGCAUGAUGUUGCUAGAAGAACAGAGGUGGUAUAUGACCGUGCAUUGAAAUGCACUGAUGAGAAUCUUCUGGAGCGUCUCUCACGGUACCUCACAUGUGGUGCAUGGGCAGGGAAGCUUUUCUGUUUGGUAAUGAUCAUUGAUUUCUUGCUAUGGCAUUUAUUGAAACUAUGGCAGCCAGCAGAGGAUAUAGAGGAGGUACCUGAUAUCAAACAUCCUUCUAUCAAGACAAAGGUAUGUCUGCGGACUCCAUGUGAAGACUAACAAACUGCCAUCAUUGGAGUGGUUGCCUAACUUUUACCAUGCUGGUCCAUCUGAUAAACACUUUCUAUUCUGUGCUUGGCAAGUGCUCUCAUUUUGUUU